UCCGUAAUGUCGUAUAACCUCAAUCAUCCGACAUUUGUAUUCCCUCCACAAUAACAAAGAAUCACAACACAAGAGAUAGCACCAGUGCACGCUAUCUGUCACAAUCAUGGAUUCAACAAUUGUUGAAACUACGUGCAGAUUGUGUGCAGAUCGUGGACGGAAUUAUCACGCGAUUUUCACGUCCGAUUCGCAUUCCAUCGCUGAUAAAAUCAAUAAUUGUUUGCCAAUAGUGAUUAGCGCUGAUGAUGGUCUACCAUCGCACAUUUGCUCGCCCUGUUUGAGUGACUUGAACACCUCCCACAACCUCCGCGAAAGAUGUCUCGAGGCAGAUGGAAUUUUGAGACAGCAAAUGACAGUAGUCCUGAUCGACGGGAUCAAACAAGAAAGAAGUUUUGACAGUGAAAAUGAAGACAAAGACAUAGAUCCCACUGAAACCUUAUUUUGCGGCAUAUGUGAAGCCAACUUCGACGACAUAAACACCUUUGACGAUCACAUGGAGAAGUACCAUGCCUCCCAGUGGAUCUGCAAUUUAUGUCAGAAGGACUUCCAAACGUCCGAGGACUUGCUCCAGCACAAGCACGCAAAUCACUACGACAGUACCGAUAAUCCCGAAGACACGAAGCAUGUCGACUCAGAUGUCUCCGAGGAUCUGUCCGAUAACGACGAAUCGAUUGAGAUUAAAGAGGAAGACGUACCGUUGAACUGCAGGAAAGUUCCGGACAAGGAAAACCCCAUCCCCUGCGAGAUAUGCGGGGUGAUGAUUGAGACUGAAAAUUUUAUGGCUCUGCACGUUAAAUUUCACCAGCCACGCUCGAUGUAUUGCUCCACGUGUGAUCGCAUGUACUCGUCGCCCUACGAUCUUUUUCUUCACAAACAAAAUGUACACAAGGGUUUCGUGAACCAGAAGAUGAAGUGGUUCUGCGAGAACUGUGAGAGGUUCAGCUCGAAUCCCAGAUUUUUAAAGAAGCAUGAGAAUUGUGGAAAAGCCAAGUUCAAGUGUAAAUAUUGUGAGGAGGAGUUCACCAAACAAAAGCAAUUUUCGCGACAUCAGAAAAAAAAUCAUUAUGACAAGAUGUUCACUGAUCCUGACGUUGUGAAGAUCAAAUGCCCGACCUGUGAGAAGCUGUUCAUUGAGAGGACCUCCUACACUUGUCAUGUCAGGCAACAUCGUUUGAGGAUCGAGAGGAAAUACGGCUGUGAGGAAUGCGAUGCAAGUUUUUUGAGCUCCACACAGUUGAGGGGUCACAUGGAUGACAUACACGUGAGACGAAGGGACUAUAAAUGCAGUAAUUGUGGGAAAGCGUUCACUAGCAAUCGGAGUCUGAAAGCCCAUGAGAUAAGACAUAUAAGUCAGACAUGUCGAGAGUGUGGAGAGCAGUUUGAAAAUACCCGAAUUCUCCAGAAACACUUAUUGGAAGUUCACAGUAUUACUACUCCGGCUACGGGAAAACAUACUUGCAAAGAAUGUGGGAAGAAAUUUCCGAAAUUGAGGCUGUUGAAGGAUCACAGGAACAUACAUUCCGGAAAACGACCGCAUGUUUGCGACAUUUGUAAAGAAACUUUCAGAACAUACGCUGCCAGAUGGUCACACGUGCAGAGGCAUAAGAAUGUGGGUUUUUACUGCGAUUACUGCAAUAGAAAGUUCUCAACGAAAGGUCACGUUCGUCGACAUUUGGUCUGUCACCUGCCCCCCGAAGACUGGAAAUACAAGUGUGAAAUCUGUAACCAGAAAUUCCAGAGAAAAUCCCACCUGGAGACUCACGCGAAGAAGCAUAACGAUACUCGCCCAUAUCAGUGUGACCUAUGCGAUGCAAGAUUCCUCAAAGACAAGUUUCUUAUACAGCAUAAGAAACGUCGGCACAAUGAGCCCAAGGUGAAGAAGAUUCGAAUCAAAAUUGCUCCCCAGAACUUGUUGUAAUUUGUAAGAGUACGAGGUUAUCAUCUAUUUCCAUUGUAUAUGUGCUUAUGUAUCUAGAUAUCUUAGUAACAUCGCAAUCGGACAGUGAUUUGGAACAAAGUAUUAAUUAAAAUAUAUCGGAUAUUCAAAAUUG